CCAGGACAUCAUCAAGGGGCAGCAGGACGUGAUCUACCCCUACAUGUUACUACCAUCAUAUUGAGGCGUUUCCGGAAAGACCAUGAUGGCGCCGGUGUUAUUCUUUUUUUUUUCUUCUCUUUUCCUUCUUGACUGUUUCAACAAUCUUAUUUCAUGUUUUCAUGCAUUAUGGUUUCUGAGUUAUGGGGCAUCAUGUCUGAUGAUAUGGCUGUUUGGAGCUUUAUUCGAUUUGCAAUGAACUUACUGCUACGAUCUAGAAGCAUGACUAGACUCGGUUGGUGCUGUGAAUCAAGUUGGGAUAUAUUGAGAUUGGUUCUUUUCUCUUCAGUUGUGUUGUGUUGUUGUAUCUAUUAUGUGUUGUGCUGGAGCAUUGUGUACUGGCUCACUGGGCAUUAUCCAUCAUCAAUCGCAGUCAAUCGAUUUUGAAGAUAGAUAUAGAACCAUACUUGAUUUCGACAUGGCUG